AUGAGUCUGGAACAAAGUGGCCAUGAGGCCAUCAACACCAGCUUCACCACCGUGCACGCGUUCGGCGGCGCUCGCAGCAAAAAGCAGCUCUGCUACAUGCAGAAGGACGGCAGGUUUCCCGUGGUGUUCCAGAAGGGCCCUGGGGACUGGAGCCCCUUCUUCAUGGACAUCUUCACCACCCUGGUGGAGAUCCGCUGGACAGUCAUGUUCCUCUUCUUCUGUCUGUCCUACAUCCUCUCCUGGCUGCUGUUCGGCCUCUGCUAUUGGCUGAUAGCGUAUGUAAACGGAGACACCGCCAGUGAGUCGAGCAACCCCUGUGUGGUGAACGUUCACAGCUUCACGGCCGCGUUCCUUUACUCCAUGGAAACGCAGGCUACUAUUGGUUACGGCUUCAGGGGGAUGACUGAGAACUGCAUGGUGGCCAUCGUCGUGGUGACCAUUCAGGAUGUGUUCAGCUGCCUCCUGGAUACCAUCAUCAUCGGGGUCAUCGUGGCUAAAAUGGCGUCCGCCCGGAAGAGGGCGCAGACGGUUGGAUUCAGCAGCUUUGCUGUAGUGAACCUCAGAGACAGGACUCUGUGUUUGUCAUUCAGACUAGCGGACUUCAGAGGGAACCACAUCCUCGAGGGCGUCGCGAAAGCUCAACUUGUCCGUCACGUGAGGAAGCCUUCUGGAUACAUGGUGAUGUUGUACCAAGAUCUGGAGCUCGAGGAGCGAGAAGUUGUCCUCCCUACACCGGUGACUAUCAUCCACAGGAUAAACCCCGACAGCCCGCUGUACCGCGUGGGCCCGGAGGACCUGCUGGAGGACCACUUUGAGAUCAUUGUGACCUUCACCUACACGGGAGACUCCACCGGGUUGCUGCACCAGACUCGGACCUGCUACACUCCGGCUGACAUACGGUGGGGACAGCGCUUCCAGGACAUGCUGAAACUAGGGAAGAACCACUACAGAGUCGACUACUCUCGGUUUAAUGAGUCCACAUGGGUUCCAGUGCCGCAUCUGAGCGCAGAGCAGUAUGACAGAGCCGGGAAUCAGGAUCUCAACCGCACACACACCUCACAAGUGUCUUCAAUAAAGGGAGACGCCACCACAGUAAGACCUUACGUGACUGAAGAGGUGAUGCACCAAACCAUCUUGUAG